CAAACAUUUUAUUUUUGGUUUUAAUUUAAGUUUAGGGUUAGGCAUAAGGUUAUCAUUGAGGUUAAGGUUAGCGUAAAGCUUAACGUUUGAUUUUAAUUAGAUAAAUUGUAGAAAUAGGCGGGGUUUAGCCAUGAGUAUGACUUUGUCGCUGUGGUAACUAGCCGUGGACAGUGGAUCGGGAAGUAUAGCGCCAUAAACACGGUACAGAUGUCAGUAGGAAUGGUCUAAACAUCCAAGAAGAGCGAACUGUUUUUUUUUUGGAGAGAGAGAGACAGUUUGUAGAUAAUUACUCUUCACCAAAUGACGAACUAAAAGGGAACAUCUAGCCAAUGUCUAGGAUCUAUUCUGUUGCCAGGGGUCUGUUUGUCCACUCCCCCUGAGAAGAAUGAAGGGGUUAUUCCUGGUAGAGCCACUGGUAGCCUUCUAUUCCUUUGCCAGUUUCCUGAUCUACCCCUUGGUACAACAGUAUGUGUACAGGAGACUAUGGCAGGAGAUGACCAACACAACCUACCCUGUCUCUGACAACACCUCACGCUGCGAUCCUUCCAACACCAGCAGCCACCAUGAGGAGGUGCAGAAGGCGGCGUCUCUCUUCUCCCUCUACACUGAGCUCUUCUCCAUGAUCCCCUCUCUGGCCGUCACCCUCAUCCUCGUCGCCUACAGCGACCAGCGCGGACGCAAGAUCACCAUCAUCCUGCCUCUGAUUGGCUCUCUCUUCUACGCCCUGUCUUUCCUGGCCGUCUCCUUCUUCGAGCUCGACCUCUACCUCCUCAUCGUCUCGUCGUUCGUCAGCGCCCUGUUCGGGGGCUCGGGGACGUUACUGGGUGGCUGUUUCUCCUACAUCGCUGACCUGUGUGAGGACGGACAGCAGAAGACGCUGCGUAUGGCCGGGAUAGACAUGGUGAUCGGCCUGCUGUCUGGAGUGGCCUCUCUCUCUACGGGAUACUUCCUCCAAGCAGCAGGCUUCAACUGGCCCUUCUUCACCUCUGCUCUGUUCCAGUGUUUCAACCUGCUCUACGCCGUCUUCAUCCUGGAGGAGACGCUCCAACGACCUCCAGAUGACCCCCUGGACGGAUCUCCGCGCCGCACCGCCAUGCAUCAGCUGGCCUGCGGGGUCUACCAGCUGUUUGCAGGGGCCAGCAGGAGGCGCAAUAUCCUCCUGGUGCUCCUCCUGCUCCUCUUCUCCUCCUUCUCCUUCGCCAACAUGGGCGGGCUCUCCAUGAUCACGCUGUACGAGCUCAAUCAGCCGCUGUGCUGGACCGAGAUUCUGAUUGGCUACGGCUCGGCACUGUCCACCACGGUGUUCCUGACCAGCUUCGUGGGAGUGACGGUGUUCUCUCGCUGCGGCAUGCCCAACCUCGUCAUCAUUCUCAUAGGGAUACUGAGUGUCAUGGCGGGUAUGAUCCUGGUGGCCUUCGCCAAGACCACGCUCAUGAUGUUCCUGGUGAGGCUUCCAAUGCUGCUGGCUAUCAUGCCUUUCCCCGUGCUGAGAUCCAUGAUGUCAAAGAUUGUAUCGAAGAACGAGCAGGGAGCGUUGUUUGCGUGCUUGGCGUGCCUGGACAGUGUGAGCAUCAGUGUGGCGAUAGCUGUGUUCAGUAGUCUCUAUGCUGCCACGGUAACCUGGUACCCUGGAUUCUGCUUCCUGUUGUCUGCUGGACUCUGUGUCAUCCCCUUGGCAAUGCUAGCGGGUGUGGGGCUGCUGGGAGUGGAAGAAGGUAAAGAGGCCAAGGAGACGGAGGCCCUCAUCCCUGGAGAGGAAGGUCUCGCUGGGGAAGAGAAUGAUAAUCCUCCCCUCACCUGAGACUGGAGGCCUGGAGCACUUUUCUCUUUUCUCUCUCAUGUCAAUGUCUGUUCUGACAGACGGAGCUACACUUUUAAUCCUCGGAGGAUAAAUCCAUCGGAGAGAUAGAUUACCUCAGGUCAACUGCUCUGCUAUUAAAGCCCUAUAUGCACCAUUA